AUGACCAAUAACCACGCCCAGGUUGGCGUACGGCUCAUAAACAGCAUCAAUCAUUAUGGCCUGAACAUUGAGCGAUUCUGCAUGACUGGAGGGAAAAGCCCCAUUGGCUACCUGAAAGCUUACCUCACUAACCUGUACCUCUCGUCAGACUCUGAGAAAGUACAAGAGGCCAUUGAGGCAGGUAUUGCAGCUGCCACCAUGUUCACACCAAAGCAAGACAUUACCCUGCAUGAGAAGGAACUGCGGGUGGCUUUUGAUGGAGAUGCAGUGCUGUUCUCUGAUGAGUCUGAGCAGAUAGUAAAAGAAAAGGGUUUGGAUUCAUUUUUUGAACAUGAGAAAGAACAUGAGAACAAGCCAUUGGCACAGGGUCCACUGAAAUGCUUCCUGGAAUCACUAGGAAAACUUCAAAGAAAGUUUCAUGCUAAAGAUGCAAGGCUUAAAUGCCCCAUAAGGACCUACCUUGUGACAGCCAGGAGUGCUGCCAGCUCUGGGGCCCGAGCUUUGAAGACCUUACGCGCGUGGGGUUUGGAGGUGGAUGAAGCCCUUUUCUUGGCAGGGGCCCCAAAGGGGCCCAUCUUGAACAAAAUACGACCUCAUAUUUUCUUUGAUGACCAAAUGUUUCACAUAGAAAAUGCACACGAGUCAGGUACUAUUGCUGCACAUGUCCCUUAUGGGAUUGGUCAGAAGUACCACAAAUCAACCCUAAAGGAGGAACCUAAAAAGGAGGGGCCUAAAAAAGAGGAGCCUAUUAAGGAAGAGCCUAAUAAGGAGGAGUCUAAAAAGGAAGAGUCUAAAAAAGAGGAGCCCAAAAAGGAAGGGUCUAAAAAAGAAGAACCUAAAAAGGAACAUGGAAAGAAAUAG